GUGGCAAACCCUAACUAGUAUUUAACGCUGCGGGAAGUAUUAUCAAUUUCAGUACCAAACCCUAGCUCCCUCUUCUUUUGUUGCCCAAAAUCGUGUAAGCAGUCAUGGCGGACAGAGGAGGUUUCGGACGUGGCUUCGGCGACCGUGGGCGCGGCGAUCGUGGAGGACGAGGGCGCGGCGACCGUGGAGGACGAGGGCGCGGUGGCCGCCGCCGUCCUACCGAGGAAGAAAAAUGGGUUCCAUGUACCAAGCUCGGCCGGCUCGUGAAGGAUAAUAUGAUCAAAUCAUUGGAGCAGAUUUACCUGCAUUCGUUGCCUGUCAAGGAGUACCAAAUCAUUGAUCAACUCAUCGGCCCAUCAUUGAAGGACGAGGUGAUGAAGAUCAUGCCGGUCCAGAAACAGACCAGGGCUGGUCAGAGGACUCGGUUCAAGGCCUUCGUGGUUGUCGGAGAUUCAAACGGUCACGUCGGUUUGGGGGUUAAGUGCUCCAAGGAAGUCGCCACUGCUAUUCGCGGCGCUAUCAUUUUGGCGAAGCUUUCUGUGAUUCCUGUGAGGAGAGGCUACUGGGGUAACAAGAUCGGUAAGCCGCACACUGUUCCCUGCAAGGUUACCGGAAAGUGUGGAUCCGUCACUGUCCGCUUGGUACCAGCUCCUCGAGGUGCUGGAAUCGUGGCCGCCAGGGUUCCCAAGAAGGUUCUCCAGUUUGCCGGUAUUGACGACGUCUACACAUCCUCCCGUGGUUCCACAAAGACGCUCGGAAAUUUUGUGAAGGCUACAUUUGAUUGUCUCUCAAAGACGUACGGAUUCCUCACACCAGACUUCUGGGCUGAAACCAGGUUUAUAAAAUCUCCAUUUGAGGAGUAUAGUUACCUGUUGGGCGCUCCCCCUGCCAAGUAUGUCUCCAUUGAAGAAACUGUUGCUGAUAAAACUGAAGCUUGAGCCUUUUUAGGUUACUUUUUAUGGAGAUCAUGGUUUUGCUUUAAUUGACAUUUCGAGUUUUAUUUCAAUGGUCUUAUAAAUUACUCUAUGUAGACUUGUUUUUUAUGGAUCUGAGUUUAUUUCUUUAUGGGCAAGAACUUCUCCAUUUGCGUUUUGAAGGCCAAACUAGAAGACUUUAAUAUUUCUUACGGAUAAUAUUCAUUUAUCAUGUGAUCACUACGUAUUUACUUUUUGUGCAAUCAAGUAUGCCCACUUCACCUUCUGUUAUUG